GAGGAUGGACAAUUUGGUAGACGAAAUGUUAGAAUGUGAACUUGAUCUGGAAGAGAAUGAAAGUUUCGGAAAGCUUACAAGGUUUCUCUUGUUUUAAAAAUCACGGAUUACUUUCAGUUGGUUGCUGGACUAGAUAGUGUCGACGGUGUUUUGCGCGGGGAUCUGGAAGGAUGCUGCGCCUCAGUUCUAAUUGUCUGCUUCGUGGCUUUCGGGGUAAUCAAACAUUUGACCGGCUGAUUAUUUGUAAAUAUUCAACUACAAAAGGGAGUGGAAAUAAAAUCUAUGAGUCGGCCGAUGACGCUGUGCGAGACAUUCCAGACGGUGCGAAAAUUCUAUUUGGAGGCUUCGGGCUAUGCGGCAUACCCGAAAAUUUAAUAAAUUCAUUAAUUAAAAAAGGCACCAAAAACAUAACCGCAUAUUCUAACAAUGGAGGUGUCGACACUUUCGGCUUAGGUCUCAUGAUUAACGAAGGCCUGAUCAAGCGCAUGGUGGUAUCCUACACUGGCGAAAAUGCUGAGCUGGUCAAACAAUAUCUGCAGGGCCAGUUGGAGAUCGAGCUGACACCUCAAGGAACCCUAGCAGAGAGAAUACGAGCUGGAGGAGCUGGUGUUCCUGCUUUUUAUACUCCAACCGGUUAUGGGACUCUUAUCCAUAAGGGAGGCGCUCCAAUUAAGUAUGCGAAAAAUGGGGAAGUUGAAAUUGCAAGCAAACCCCGAGAAGUUAGGGAGUUCAAUGGCCGCCCGUAUGUGAUGGAAAAAGCAAUUUUCGCCGACUAUGCAAUUGUUAAAGCUCAUAAAGCAGACGAAUAUGGAAACUUAAUCUUUAAUAAAGCAGCAAGAAAUUUCAAUGCGCCCAUGUGUAAAGCUGCGAAAAUUACAAUCGCCGAAGUAGAGGAAAUAGUACCUGUGGGUGCUCUUGAGCCAGAUGAGAUCCAUAUUCCAGGAAUAUACGUGAAGCGUAUAAUAAAAGGGGAACGAUAUAUUAAACGCAUUGAACGUUUACGUGUACGUGAGGAGAAAAACGGCAAAGCAAGAACAGAAGAAGAUGCGGGCGCUGCUAUUCGUGAAAGGAUAGCCCGCCGAGUUGCGUUAGAAUUUAAGGAUGGCAUGUAUGCCAACUUAGGAAUUGGCAUUCCAGUACUAGCUUCUAAUUUCAUACCGAAGGGGGUAACAGUAUUGCUGCAAUCAGAAAACGGUAUUCUCGGACUUGGUCCGUUUCCAACUCCAGCAGAAGUCGACCCCGACUUGAUAAAUGCUGGUAAAGAGACCGUUACUGUCGUCCCAGGGGCAUCAUUUUUCGGCUCUGAGGAGAGCUUUGCGAUGAUUCGUGGGGGUCAUGUGGAUUUAACAAUUCUUGGAGCAAUGCAAGUGUCGCAAGGUGGAGAUUUAGCCAACUGGAUGAUUCCCGGAAAAAUGGUGAAAGGAAUGGGUGGUGCUAUGGAUUUAGUUGCCGCGCCAGGAACUGAAGUUAUCGUCACAAUGGAACAUAAUGCGAGAGAUGGAUCACCUAAGAUUUUGAAAGAAUGUAAACUUCCAUUAACUGGGAAGAAAUGUGUCGACAUGAUCAUCACUGAAAAGGCGGUGUUUACCGUUAACAAAGAGAAGGGUGUCCUAAAUUUGGUUGAGGUUGCGGAGGGUUUCUCAGUCGAUGAUAUACGGGUUUGUACUGGGUGCGAUUUUGAAGUUUCGUCAAACUUGAAGAAAAUGGGCCAAGUUGAAAUUUGAACAAGUCUGAGAAUUAAGACGAUAAACAUGCAUUUAUUAUUACACUAGAGUCUUAAGAAGUUUUUCAUUUCAGUAAACUUUUUCUGAAAGGUUAAAA